CGGCCCAGCAGAGCCGGGCAGCUUGUCUGGCCGGCGGAGGCUGAGCGCGACGCUAGCGAGCCGCGGCGCCCGCCGACCAGGGACAAGCGCGACUCCCGGGACCCCGCUCUGCCGCCUCCUCUCCAUUGUCGCGGGGACGCUCCGGCCCGCGCCCUCCUCCACCUUUUCCUCCUCCUCUUCCUUCUGGAGGGGAAGGAGCGGAGAAAGCCGAGCGUCUGCUCCGGGAGAGAGCGAGCCGAGGCCCCUGUUCCCGAGGCUCGGGGCUGGAGGAGGCGGAGGCGGAGGCGGAGGCGGAGGGAAGUGCGCGUCACUCCCGGGAGGAGAGUGUUUCACCUCCAGGCAGAGGCUGCGGCUGCCACUUGCGUAAAAGCAGCAGCGGCGGCGGCGGCGGGCGCCGGGGCUCGAGGGGCUCCUGGGCCAUGGAGGGACGAUCCGGACCCGGGGACGCCAGGAGCUCGGCUCCGUCUCUUUGGACCGCUGUGUAGGCACCUGAAUUAGCCGACGCUAAGCGGGGGAGGGGAAGUGACAGUGUAUCAUGCGUGCCACUAAUUCCAGGGGACACUCCCCUGCUUUCCUGCAACCUCAGAAUGGAAACAGCCAUCGCUCGUCUGGCUAUGUUCCGGGGAAGGUUGUCCCACUGCGUCCCCCUCCUCCUCCAAAGAGCCAAGCUUCAGCCAAAUUGACCUCCAUCAGACAAGAACCCCGGGCCACCUUUGCAUUCUCACCUGAAGAACGGCAAGCCCAGAGAGAGAGCCGAAAGCAGAAGAGGCACAAAAAUACUUUCAUUUGCUUUGCUAUUACUAGCUUCUCAUUUUUUGUUGCACUGGCAAUCAUUUUAGGAAUAUCCUCAAAAUAUGCUCCAGAUGAGAAUUGCCCAGAUCAAAACCCCCGUCUCAGGAACUGGGAUCCAGGACAAGAUUCUGCAAAGCAAGUUGUUAUCAAGGAGGGUGAUAUGUUCCGUCUGACCUCAGAUGCCACAGUAAAUUCUGUAGUCAUUCAGGAUGGAGGACUGCUUGUAUUUGGGGACGAUAAAGAGGGAUCCAGAAAUAUUACUUUGAGGACUCGUUACAUCCUGAUCAAGGAUGGUGGGGCGCUUCACAUUGGAGCAGAAAAAUGCCGCUAUAAAUCCAAAGCGACAGUUGCCUUGUAUGGCAAGUCAGAUGAAGGUGAAAGUACGCCAACAUUUGGCAAAAAAUUUAUUGGUGUGGAAGCUGGCGGCACACUGGAGAUCCACGGAGCACAGAAGGCAUCGUGGACGUUGUUGACGAGAACUCUGCAUUCCUCAGGCUUGACCUUUGGGUCUUAUGCCUUUGAAAAGGACUUUUCCAGGGGCCUCAAUGUGAGGGUCAUUGACCAAGACACGGCCACAGUUUUGGAAAGUGCAAGAUUUGAUACCCACGAAUACCACAACGAGAGUAGGCGACUUCAGGAAUUUCUGCGAGUCCAGGAUCCGGGACGGAUUGUCGCUAUAGCUGUCGGAGAUUCAGCUGCCAAAAGCCUCUUACCAGGAACCAUACAAAUGAUCCAGGACCGGUUGGGAAGUAAGCUGAUCCAAGGACUGGGCUACAGGCAAGCUUGGGCUUUGGUUGGUGUCAUUGAUGGUGGAAGUACUUCUUGCAAUGAAUCUGUGAGAAACUAUGAAAAUCAUAGCAGUGGAGGGAAGGCUCUUGCCCAAAGAGAAUUUUAUACUGUGGAUGGUCAGAAGUUCGCUGUGACAGCUUAUAGUGAAUGGAUUGAAGGUGUUUCUCUUUCAGGUUUCCGGGUAGAGGUCGUGGAUGGAGUGAAGCUUCAUCUGCUGGAUGAUGUUCGUAGCUGGAAACCUGGAGACCAGAUUGUGGUCGCAAGCACAGACUACUCUAUGUACCAAGCGGAGGAGUUCACUCUUCUCCCCUGUCCUGAGUGCAGCCCUUUCCAGGUCAAAGUCAAAGAAACCCCUCAGUUCCUGCACAUGGGUGAGAUCAUAGAUGGUGUAGACAUGAGAGCUGAGGUUGGAAUUCUCACCCGGAAUGUUGUGAUCCGAGGAGAAAUGGAAGACUCAUGCUACGCUGAAAACCAGUGCCAAUUCUUUGAUUAUGAUACCUUUGGGGGACAUGUCAUGAUAAAGAAAAAUUUUACUUCAGUCCAUCUUUCUUACGUGGAAUUGAAACACAUGGGUCAGCAGCAUAUGGGGCGGUAUCCUGUUCAUUUUCACCUGUGUGGGGACGUGGAUUAUAAAGGAGGGUACAGAUAUGGGACAUUUGUGGAUGGCCUGUCUAUUCAUCACAGCUUCUCCAGGUGCAUCACUGUGCAUGGGACCAAUGGCUUGCUGAUAAAAGACACCAUUGGAUUUGACACACUGGGUCAUUGUUUCUUUUUGGAAGAUGGUGUUGAACAGAGAAAUACUUUGUUCCACAAUCUGGGACUCCUCACCAAGCCGGGCACCCUCCUCCCCACUGACAGGAAUAACUCCAUGUGCACCACCAUGCGAGAAAAAGUGUUUGGAAAUUACAUCCCUGUACCUGCGACUGACUGUAUGGCUGUUUCAACUUUCUGGAUUGCUCAUCCCAACAAUAAUCUGAUUAAUAAUGCAGCUGCAGGCUCACAGGAUGCUGGAAUAUGGUAUUUAUUCCACAAGGAACCUACUGGGGAAUCCAGUGGAUUGCAGCUCUUAGCAAAACCAGAACUCACUCCAUUGGGUAUAUUUUAUAACAACAGAGUCCAUUCAAGUUUUAAGGCUGGCUUGUUUAUUGACAAAGGUGUCAAAACAACCAACGCUAGUGCUGCUGACCCAAGGGAAUACCUGUGUUUGGAUAACAGUGCAAGGUUUCGACCUCAUCAGGAUGCUGACCCUGAAAAGCCACGUGUUGCUGCUUUAAUUGACAGGCUCAUUGCUUUUAAAAAUAAUGACAACGGAGCUUGGGUCAGAGGGGGAGACAUUGUCGUUCAGAACUCAGCAUUUGCAGAUAAUGGAAUAGGGCUGACCUUUGCUAGUGAUGGAAGCUUCCCAAGUGAUGAAGGUUCCAGCCAGGAGGUUUCUGAAUCUCUCUUUGUUGGGGAGAGCAGGAAUUAUGGCUUUCAAGGUGGUCAGAACAAGUAUGUAGGCACUGGAGGAAUAGACCAGAAGCCUCGGACACUACCCAGGAACCGGACAUUCCCAAUUAGAGGCUUUCAGAUUUACGAUGGGCCCAUUCAUCUAACCAGGUGUACUUUCAAAAAAUAUGUGCCGACUCCAGAUAGGUAUACCAGCGCUAUUGGUUUCCUCAUGAAGAACUCCUGGCAGAUAACCCCCAGGAAUAACAUCUCUCUCGUGAAGUUUGGUCCACAUGUCUCUCUGAAUGUCUUCUUUGGAAAGCCUGGCCCCUGGUUUGAAGAUUGUGAGCUGGAUGGUGAUAAGAACUCCAUAUUCCACGAUGUUGAUGGUUCAGUGACAGGAUACAAGGACGCUUACGUGGGAAGAAUUGACAACUACCUGAUCCGCCAUCCAAGCUGUGUAAACGUGACCAAAUGGAACGCAGUGAUCUGCAGUGGGAACUAUGCCCAGGUCUACGUGCAGACGUGGAGCACUCAGAAUCUGACUAUGACCAUCGCACGAGAUGAGUAUCCAUCCAACCCCAUGGUGCUCCGGGGCAUUAACCAGAAGGCUGCCUUUCCUCAGUACCAGCCUGUGAUCAUGCUGGAGAAGGGCUACACCAUCCACUGGAAUGGCCCGGCACCAAGGACUGCUUUUCUAUACCUCAUAAACUUCAACAAGAACGACUGGAUUCGAGUUGGCCUCUGCUAUCCAUCCAACACAAGUUUUCAGGUUACCUUUGGCUUUUUACAGCGGCAUAAUGGCUCAUUAUCCAAAAUGGAAGAAUAUGAGCCUGUGCAUUCACUGGAAGAAUUGCAGAGGAAGCAGUCUGAGAGGAAAUUCUAUUUUGACUCCAGCACGGGGUUGCUAUUUUUGUAUCUCAAAGCCAAAAGCCACAGGGAUGGCCACAGUUACUGUUCAUCUCAGGGAUGCGAACGAGUCAAGAUCCAGGCAGCAACAGACUCAAAAGACAUCAGUAACUGCAUGGUCAAGGCAUAUCCCCAGUAUUACAGGAAGCCGUCAGCACUCAAGCGGAUGCCAUCCAUGCUCAAGGGACUCUGUCAAGGCUGCGGGACCCGUCAGGUGGUGUUCACUAGUGAUCCUCAUAAGAGCUACCUCCCCGUGCAGUUCCAGUCACCCAGCAAAGCAGAGACUCAGCGCGGAGACCCGUCUGUUAUCUCUGUCAAUGGCACCGACUUUACCUUCCGCAGUGCGGGGGUCCUUCUCCUCAUCGUGGAUGCUUGCAGUGUCCCCUUCCGGUUGACGGAGAAGUUGUUUUUCUCUCUUGCCGAUGUCAGUCGUGUGGAAGAGUAUUUAAAAGCAGGCAUCCCUCUAAGGUCAAUUGUUCUGUUGAGCACAAGAGGAGAAAUAAAACAGUUAAAUAUCUCACAUUCGUUAGUACCUCUGGGAUUAGCCAAACCAGCUCAUCUUUAUAACAAAGGGAGUACCGUAUUUUUGGGAUUCAGCGGAAACUUUAAACCAUCAUGGACUAAGCUAUUUAGCAGCCCUGCUGGACAGGGCCUCGGGCUGCUUGAACAAUUCAUACCUUUGCAGCUGGACGAAUAUGGUUGUCACAGAGCCGGCGCUGUCCACAGAAAAGACCUGGAGCUCUUAAAGCAACUUCAAAAGCACAUUAGAGACUAACUGUAACUUAAGUGCUAGGGGAAAAAAAAUGUGAACUAACUUAUUUAAUUUAUGGCAUUUUAAAAUGACACUGUUAACCCAAUGGAACCAUUUUCCUGUUUGAUACAGAAAGGGGAGAAAAGAAAGCGUUUAAAGGAAUUGCUGAAAUACCGGCUCACGCACCUUCUAGUUGUACAAAAUGUUAGAGAAUUUAUUUGUAUUUGUUAGGCUGGUAUCUUCAGAGAGCAGUUCUCUUCUUCCUCGCCUUCCACCCCGGUGUUUUCUCCUGACCACAGGCAGUGCUUCACCUUUUGUAUAAUGGGAGGUCGUGCAGUGGGGUGGGGGUUCUGAGAGUCAGCCUGAGUCCUGGGGAGGACCAGCUCUUGUAGCACCUUGGAUACUUGAAGUCUAAUGCUCAGUGUGUCGUUGACUUUGGUCAGCAGUUGACUUGGGUGGCUGGCGUGCUCAGUGAUGCCUUGGGCCCUGGUUCCGGGCAGGCUUUGAGAAUUUUAUAGGCUAGUGAAUGAUAGAGUUUUAAGUGGCAACUCAGGCUCAGCUCAUGCCCUUUUUGCCUGGACAUGUGCUAUUUUUAUUCAUUUGUAUAUUGCUUCCUUCUAAGAGUUCCACUUUCAAACAGGAAGCAUAUUGGGACAAAAGGGCUUUUAGGGGUUAGACAUCCCUUUAAUCUGUGACCAUUGGGCAAAAAUUGGACCUCCACCAAGGUCUGAGGUUGUUGGGACCAUUUUUGCAGCUUUAAUCCUUAGCCUGUUUCGACUGUAUAUUUGUGUUUAAAAUACAGAGCUGAGCUGAAUAUUUACAUUAUUUUUAAAAGAAGCAGGCCGUUUUCCUGAACUGUAAACUUGGGUCAUUUCAACUUGCACGAAGGAAGUCUGUUCUUGGGGUGGCUCCUGCACCCGGGUUUUGUGUUGUUGUUUUUGUGUGUGGAUUUUUUUUUUAAGCGUUUCUGCUCAGCAUCCUGCCAGGAAAAUUGCGGAAAGCUUAAAUAAUACCCGAAAAUAUUGUACUCAGGGGGAGAAAAAAGGGAGAGCCUUUUAAGGGCCAGAAUCAUGGAGUGAAUAUUCAGAAACAAAACUCUUUGUAGCCUUAGAGGUGUCGGUCACUUAAUUAAUUAAAUUGUUAGAGCCAAUUAAAAAAAGGCGCCAUGACGCCCUAUUUCCCUUCCCACUGGGAGCAUGCAUCUCCUGCCAGUGAGGAUUGCAUGUGGCAGAAAGAGACUGGAUCCACAGCCUGGGAUGUCACCACAUCAAGAGGAAAGAAGCAUCAAGAUGCCUUUACCUUUUCCUAAACCCACAACGCAUCAAGUGUGUGGAGGGACGGCCACGGCAAGAUGGUAGGAAGUGUGUUCAUGCUGACUUGGGCAGUGAGUACAGACAAAUUCACUUUCCUCUCCCAGGAGCAAGGGCUGAUGACCUGUCCCCCGUGUCCAGGAGAAACUGCAGAGCAGCUCUGUGACUUCUGUUACUUUACAAAAUAUGCUACCUCAAAGUGCUACCAAUAAACCUUUCUAACUGUAAGUGCUCUUGCUGAGGGCACACCUCUUAAUCAAAGUUUAGGGUUGGGGGUUUUUUUUUGUAUAUUGAUGAAUGAGAUCUUACCUAUUAAAUAUAUUAUUGGAUCAUGGUUCCUGAAGGUGAUUAAAGUUUGUGUGUGUGUUUUUUAUGACUUAAAUAUCUUUUAUGUGUG